AUGCCGGAGCCGAACACGUCCGCGGUGGGAAUCGACCUCGGGAGUUCCAGCUGUCGCAUCGGUCUAUGGCGAGAUGGUGACGUCCUCAUCGUGCCCAACGAUCGAGGCUGUUUAGCCACGCCCAACUGUGUUGGCUUCAUGGAUUUCACUUCCCCUGUGGUGGGGGAAGCGGCCACGGAGCAAGCGGCGCAUAACUUGGCCAACACCGUCUUUGCACCGCAGAGAUUGCUGGGAGCCAGUUACGACAGUCCCUGGGCUCAACGCCUGCGCAUGAGCGGGCCGCCGGAGAUCGUGCGCGGGGACGAUGGCUCGGCGAUGUAUCGCGUGCGCGACCGGGGGAAGGUGAAGAUCUUGGAACCGGGGGAGAUCUUGGCGAUUCUGUUGCAACAGAUGAAGAGGCAAGUGGAACAAUGUUUGGGGGUACACGUGAGAUCCGCGGUUGUAACGGUGCCAGCCAAGUAUGGUCGACAGCAGCGAAAAGCCCUAGAAGAAGCGUGUCGCAUGGCACAUCUGGAGGUGUUGGCACUGGUGAAAGCGCCAUCCGCCGCAGCGAUCGCCUUCUCCUUGACCAAUCCCCGGGAAACUCCGCGGGAAAUUUUGGUCCUGGAUUUUGGCGCAUGCUAUUGCGACUUCUGCUUAUUGACCUUGCGGGGAAAGAGUCUAUACGAGAGGGCUGUGGGAAGUGAAAUCAUCGACCUGGACUCUCUUUUGGUCAAGUUCUGUUUGACUGACAUCAAAAUUCGGCUGGGCGUUGAUAUGAGUAAUGACUGGGUUGCCGUCCUGAGACUCUCCAUGGCCUGCGAGAAUGCCAAACGUAAGCUCUCGCAAUGGAAUCAAACACGCGUCAAUGUGGAAGCGUUGGUGCAAGGGAACGACUACUGCGUGGCAAUGUCCCGCAGUUAUUUCGAAGAGUUCUGCAGUCGGGAUAUCGACUGCCUAUUGGAGAUCUUCGACAUUUGCCUCGAGGAAUCCGGACUGGAGAGGAACUCUGUGGACGUGGUGCUGGUGGGCGGCUCCUCCCGGAUCCCGCGCUUCCGUCGCCUGGUGAAGGACUUCUUCCGAGGCCAACCCCCCAGCGAGGUGCUGCGUCCGGACCACGCGGCCGUGCUGGGGGCGGCCGUCUAUGCGGCUGCCCUGGGGCACCUCGUUGGGAGUGACAGCCAAGAUGACUUUUCAGUGGAUGCAGAGGGGCAGCUGCCUGGGAAGAAACAACCCGAGGCCGUGAGUACUGGAGGCAUCUACAGCUUUGAGGGCUUACAAUUGGAGGAGAUUAUGCCCUGGUCCACCCUGGAGGGCGGCGUUUCGGGCGACGAGUUCUUCACCUUUGAUGCACCGGAAAACGAGGCCUUUGGGUUAGCCAAGCCUCCUAAGGAUGACGACCCGCCGAAUCUUCAUGUGGCAGAGAAUCCGACGCUUGUGGCUUUGAGGGGCGUGAGAGAAACCUUGAGCACGGUGCAUGCCGAGAUCUUCCGCAAACUGGAUGAUGAAAUCCGCCAGCUGCGGCCGAUGGAAACGCAAUCCAUUGAGCUGGUGGGUUCUCCGGGCUCUCGUGGCCCACUAUCUCCUGUGGAGAGAUUCUCGGGAGAGCGACGGAGCGUGACCAUGCAGGAGCAUGCAUCACCUCUGGCUUAUUCGGUGGAAGAUCGGAGUUUGACCGACCGUCCACGCCCACCUGGUCAACUGGGAGAGGACUUGGGUACCAGUGUGGUCCCGGCACAGCCACGAAGCAGAACCGAUCCGAAAGCUUUCCUACCGUCGCUGUCGAAGAAACAGAAGGGCCGCAACUACUUCCGGUCCCAGGCCGCGCAGGACCUUUGCUCCCCACGACAAAGUGACCGAGGAAGCGAGAUGGGCAAGCGCCAGAUUCUACGCAGUCAGGAGAAAGAUCUGCCCUGGCGAAAAUCGCUGGAGGGCAACGGCAUCUUUGGUGGGAUGCGCUCCCAGUUCUCCAUUGAGUCAGUUCAAAUGCACGCCCUGACCUCAAUGGCCUUCGAAGAGAAGGCAGACAACAGUUGUGCCAAAAUCGUGAGCCACCCGCACUUCGACCGCUUCAUGAUGUUGGUGGUGAUCUUGAAUUGUAUCGAGAUGGCCAUCAGUGUGGAGUUUGGACGUGACGAGACCAGGGCCGACGCGGUUCACACGGCGCUGCUGGUGUCUGGCAACGUGUUUUGUAUCACGUUCUUGGUUGAGAUAUGUCUCCGAUGGAUGUCUUAUGCACGUUGCGUGCGGGCCCUGCAGGAUGGAUGGUUUCUCUUUGACUUGGCUCUUGUUUUGCUGAUGAUGUGGGAGACCUGGGCUAUGCCCUUUGUGGUGGUCUCCGACCACAACGACGUCAGCGGUGCUUGGCGCAUGGCGCGGAUUCUACGGGUUUUGCGCACAGCGCGCAUGGCCAGGUUGGUCCGAUUGAUUCCGGAGUUGAUGAUUUUGAUCAAAGGGAUGAUUGUGGCUUGUCGAUCGGUCUUCUUCACGCUCAUGCUUCUGCUGAUCAUCACCUUCAUCUUCAGUAUCGCUUUUCUGGAGCUCAGCUCACACACCCCUUUGGAACAGGAGUACUUCCGAUCGAUUCCGGAUGCCAUCGUCUCAUUGAUCCUGCACUGCAUCGUGCCGGAUCAAGAAGUCUUUUUCAAAUCCUUGGCAGAAGAAAGCUGGAUCCUCGGGGUGCUGGUCCUGUUAUUUAUUCUGCUUGGUUCACUCACCGUCAUGAAUAUGCUCCUGGGGGUGUUGGUGGAGGCUGUAAAGACUGUGUCAACCAUUGAGCAGGAGCAGAUGAUGGCUGACUUCGCUCGGAAAGUUCUGUGGGGCUUGAUUCAAGAUGACACGGAGAUGCAGGAAGUUGACUAUCAGCAGCGGAUGAUCUCCGAAAAGGAGUUCAAAUCCCUACUGCGGAAGCCCAGGGCUGUGACAGCACUUCUCAAACUUGGCGUUGAUGCCGGGGCUGCUCUGGACUAUGGCAGAAUGCUGUUUGAAGAUGAUGAAUCGGUCUCUUUCGUGGAGUUCAUGCAUGCAAUGCUCACUCUACGGGGUUCCAAUAAAGCAACUGUCAAAGACAUUGUGGAACUUCGCAAAUACAUCGGAGAAGAGUUUACUCAGAUCCGAAGUGUCCUCAGCGAACUCUGUACCUUUAUUGGAGACACCUUGUGGACGUCUACUGAUCGAUUUAAAGCGUGA